AUGAAGCUCGUCAGAUUCCUCAUGAAAUGCCAGAACGAGACUGUCACAGUCGAGCUCAAGAAUGGCACCAUCGUCAAUGGAACCAUCACCUCCGUUUCGCCCCUCAUGAACGUCGCGCUGCGAGCAGUCAAGUACACACCUAAGAACCGGGACACCGUAACCCUCGACACCAUGACCGUGCGCGGUUCGACAGUCCGUUACAUCAUUCUCCCCGACUCUCUGCCAUUAGAUACGCUUCUCAUCGACGAUGCGCCAAAGCCCAAGAACAAGGCCAGGAAAGAGGCGGAACGAGGAGGUCGUGGUGGUGGUGACCGAGGCCGUGGUGGACGAGGCCGUGGCGGCGGCCGUGGACGUGGUGGUGGCCGUGGAAGAGGCCGUGGGUUCUAG